AUGGCUCCGAAAGGCGGAAACGCAAAGAAAGAAGGUGGUCGUGCCAAGAAGGCAGAAAACGAAGCGAGCAAGAAAUCUCAACAGGCCGAACUUGCUGAAGCCAAGGAAUCUCAAAAGUGGUCGCAAGGAUCCAAGGGAAAGGGAAAGAAAGAGGAUGAUGCCGAGAAGAAAGCUCAACAAGCCGCUAAAAAGGCAGAAAAGGACCGUAUGCUUGCUGAAGAAGAAGCUUCUAUGCCAUCGAAGCCAAAAGCUGGUGCGAACAAGGGCGGUAACAAGAAAGCACCACCAAAGCCCGCAGGACCAGGAGCAUUGUCAGCUGGUGGCAUCAACGCCAGCGUCGAUCAACCAGAGAGCUUCGGAGCUUCUGGGUUGGAUGAUGCUAUGGACAUGAUGUCUAUCGUCGGACAGAAGUCCGAUAAAGCAACAAUGGGAGCUAAGGCAGGUCAGAUUGAGAAGCAUCCAGAGAGAAGAUUCAAGGGAGCAUUUGAGGCUUACAAGGAAGCUGAGAUGCCGAUAGUGAGAAGUGAAAACCCAGGAUUGAGGUUGCAACAGUACAACGAUAUGCUUUACAAGAAGUUCCAAAAGUCGCCUGACAAUCCCUUCAAUCAACAAACAGUCGCGUACAACGCAACGAAGGAUGAUAAGAUGGCAGCGUUGGAUGAAAGCAGAAAGUUGACGGAGAAUCGAUACAAGCAAUAG